UCUUGACAAAAAAUGGGUUUUAGUAGUGGAAAGCAAAAACGUUCUUCAGCAAGAAGGAACAGAGGAAGUAUUAAGCACACAUACACCGCAGAAGAUAAUCUGAGUGACAGCUGCUCUAUCUCCACCAUAGGAAAUGGAGAUUAUGAAGGUGGGUAAAACUAAAGCCAGCUCAUCACACAGAGAGUCCGAUGUAAGCUGUGAUUUCUCAGGACCAGGUCUAUGGAAAAAGAAACCCGAUUGGACAGCUUUCGAUCCUAUAAACUCACAUAUUUUUCAAGGAAGGGCACCUUCUUUUUCGGAAAAUGAUGCAAAAACGGGUGAAAAUAGUUUCAAAAUGAAGAAUGGACGUAAUGAAAACAAAGGGAAUGAAUUAGUCUCCACAAAGGUGAGGAAUUUUAACUACAAGACAGCCUCUGAUAAGAAAUCUUACUCUUACACACUCUCUGGCAAGAAGAAAGCCUACGAUUACAUCGAUAAAGAGGAUAACCUCCCUGUGAAGAUUGUCUAUGAAGAUAUUAGCAACUCAAUGAUGUUGAAUAAAAUGAUUAAUGAGCAAGAGAAAGCUAGCACUAAAGGCACCCAACCUCAGAAUUCUAGAGGCACUAUCCGCCAAAGCAGGAUUUCCCUCUUAAAGAGCAAGGAGAAUAAGAAAGAGAAGAAGAAAAACAAAAAGAAAAAGAGCAAGACUAGCAAACUGCAACAGAAUAAAGAUAUUAAAAUAAAAAUGGAAGAUAGCUUCGAGAAAGACCUUAUCAGAAGAACCACUCUUCUCUCUCAGAAGGAAAGAGAUUUUGAACCUGGAUAUGCCAGACAAAGAGAGAAUAGUAGUUCGAGCAGUUCAAGCAGCUCAAGCAGUAGUGAUACCAGCCUUAGCCUAAGCCCUGUUAGAAAGAAGAAUCAAAAUAAUGAGAAGAAUGACCAAACUUUUGGAGGUGAAGAGCCCGGAAUGAAGUACAGGGGAAGUAUUUACAAUACAAGGGAUUCUGUGAGACCUCUAUAUAGGCCUACUGUUAAGAAGACUCCUACGCCUCAUAGUAAUACUAGCAGAGUGAGUAGAUCUUCCAUAAAAUCAGAGACUCCAAAGCCUAUUUUGAAAAAUGCUACACCUACAAAAGAGACUUCUUCAAGAAUAGAAAGAAGCUAUACUACUUACUCAAAUAAAUUCUCUGAAAAGAGGAAUUCUACUACCCAGGCUCUCCAAGGCUUCAGUGAUCUUGUGCACUAUGCCAACUUCAAAGAUGUAAGCUAUGAGGAGCCAGAAGUAAUUAUUGAAGAGUAUGAGGAAAGCUUUGGAUCGACCCAAAGGUUACCCUUCGAACCAGAGACCUUCGCCAUUGGGACUCCGUCUAGACAGGAAUCAUCCAUUGGAUAUAACUCGGUAAUGAACUCCAGCAGGUAUAGUAAGAGUGCCAAAAGCCUUAAAAGUCAGCAAAUCUCCAAGACUUUAACCCAGCAUGAAGUCUCUAGGGCGAGUUAUACAAAGCCGAAGAUCAGGAGAUAUGGGAAGAAAAAGACUGAAAGAGAAGCGACAUUAAGCAAUGCAAUGUCUUACAUGCUCUCUGACAGUGCAUCCAAUAGCAACCAAAAAGAGGGUGGAGAAGAGAUUACUUUCAACAAGCUACAGGAAGACUCUUCUGAAGAAAAAGGACUUUACUCUGAUAGAGAAUAUGGGCAUACCUUUUCAACUCCUCAAGAUAGAAAUUUGUCUGCGAAGAGUAGGAAAGUAUAUGAAUACACAGUAGAUGAGAUGGCAGACUAUAAACCUGGCCAAAUAUCUACUCUUAGGAACAAGAAUGCUAUGGCUGACUAUAAAAGAGUUGAUAGCUUUAGGCCAUAUGCCCCGAUGACACCUACAAAAUCUCCACUAGGCUCAAACCUUGUUAGUCCUUACAGAAAGUAUUCAACUCAGUCUAGUGGGAGGAAGACAGUAAGAUUUGCAGAAAACGAAGAAGGAUUGCUAAAGUCCGUCCCUGUCGAUGCGACCUUCAAUGAAUCAGAAUUUAAAUUCCUGAGCAGGUAGGAUAUGAGUAUA